UAGAUUAUUGGAUUUCCCCGAAUUCAGAGAAGAACGCAGACGUCAAAUUCUCGCAAAAUCACGUGCGGAAUUGAGAGGUUCUUCAGUUGAAGAAAUUAAUUCUAAGACUUCUCAAAAAACAGACAAUAAUUCAACAAAUUCUUAUAAUACUUCAAAGAAGUUUCAAGAUGGAUCAAAUUCCAAUUCUAUUCCUCGACUUUCACAACGUACAAAUAAUUAUUCAAAAAUUCCGCAAGAAAGGUAUAAUAAUAAUUCUUCUCAAGAUUCCUAUAAUUAUUCCAAAUCAUCUCAAACAUCAUACAAUGGUCAUUCGAAACCUUCCCAAAAUAUUUUAGAUAAUCAUAAUUAUUCAAAACCUCUACAACAACGUAGUCAUAUAAACCCGAAACAAACAUCUCGUUCAGAAAUUUUUGGUAAAUCUGAAGUAUCAAUAAAUCCUAAAGGUGGAUUGAGUGUUUUCAUACCUGAUGAUGAUAUUGAAACUCUUACUUCAUUCUGGUCUAUGGAAGGACCUAAACCCAAUGCCAAGAAUUCAGCUAAUACUUUUAGACUAUAA